CAUUGGCAUUAACCACAUAACACCUAAAAAUGGUGUUACAAUAUCAGCCACUGUGGUAAAAGUGACAGUUAGGUAAGCUGGUCCUAGGACUCCUGAAUUUUUGGUUGAGGCUUUGCAUGACAGGAUCCUUGGAGUGUGUCAGUCAGAUGGCUGCGUGGAUGUGGCACAAGUUUUCGAGCUGGUUCUGGAACCCUGAUGUGUGGCUGCCCCCGAACUACAACUGGGAAGACCUCGUGCCCAACGAGAAGAUUCGCUAUGCUAACUGGAGUGAUCUGUGGACGUAUCCAAUUUUCAUGGCAUUUUUAGCAAUUGGCCUCCGUUUUUUGGUGCUCAAUAAGCUUGUCUAUCGACACAUAGCUCAGGCAGUAGGCCUGAGAGAUGUAAAGCCUCGUCCUGUGGUGCCUAAUGAGACUCUAGAACAAUUAUUCCUUCGAUGCAAAAAGCAACCACCAGAAAAUGAAAUUUUCCAAUGUGCAAGACAAUUGCAGUGGACAGAACGCAAAGUAGAAAGAUGGUUACGGCAGAGGCAGGCCAUGACUCGUCUCAAUAAGUUCACCAAGUUUAUGGAGUGUGCCUGGCAAUGUACAUAUUAUACCUUCAUCUUUUUCUAUGGCUUAUAUGUGAUGUCAGAUAAGUCUUGGCUUUGGGAUAUCCGCAAUUGUUGGUAUGAAUACCCCAACCACAGUGUUGAUACUGAUGUCUGGUGGUACUACAUGAUAUCCCUCUCCUUCUAUUGGUCCAUGACCUUCACUCAUUUCUUUGAAGCCAAGCGCAAAGAUUUUUGGCAGAUGUUUAUCCACCACAUGGUCACCAUUGCACUCAUCACUUUCUCUUGGACCUGCAACCUAACACGGAUUGGAACAUUAGUCCUCAUUGUCCAUGACUGUGCUGAUAUCCCCCUCCAGUUGGCAAAAAUGAGCAUCUAUUCAGGGCACAAAGCUUUCUGUGAUGCAGUCUUUGCCAUCUUUGCUGUUUUGUGGAUCAUUACACGUGUUGGAAUAUACCCACUCUGGAUUGUAUACAGCACUGCCAUUGAAGCACCAACAAUUUUGCCCAUGUUCCCUGCCUAUUACAUAUUUAACUCUCUACUCAUUGCUCUUUUGUUGUUGCAUGUUUAUUGGACAUAUUUGAUUUUGCGCAUCAUAGCAACAACAAUUACCAAGGGCAAUGUUGAAGACAACCGGUCAUCCUCAGAUCCUUCAGAAGUGUCUGAAGACAAUGAAGAAAAGAAGCAGAAUUAACUGUUGAGAUAAGAAAGGACAACCAAAGUGGGCCAUAAUCAAACUUGUCAGAUUAUGUAAGAUUACAUUUGAUUUGAAUCUCAUCCUUUGAAUGAGGCAUAAUUGUCAUAUAUGCAAAUAACAAGUUGAAAAUUUAUAAUGAAGUUUAUAUUGAAAUACUGGUCACUUGUAUAUUUUAUGGAUAUGUUUUUACAUCUGUGUAGGAUUCUCAGUAGAAUGACAUUGAUAUCUAUCAAAUUAAUUUUAUUGAUAGUCACAUGGCAAAUUUCACAUUAUGCUAUAUACACGUCUGGAGACAUCAUAUAAUACAAUUUAUAAAAGUGUGGCUGGUAUAGUCUCACUAUUUCCACUUUGGGUUGAAUAAUAUGGGUAUGUAGACAAGUAGGAAAAAAAUAGAAAGUAGAUACCUAAUUUAUUUAUGAAUACAUAUAGAUAUUUUUUGAAAAAGAAGGAUGGUGAAUUAUGAAGGCACUUCAUAAGAAAAUUGAUUAUAUGUAAAUGUGUAUAUCUGAGGAAUCUCAUUCACCAAGCAAAGGAAAGUUCAAUUUGUAAUUUCAUUUGUAAAAGUGCCUUUCAUAAAUCACACAUUGAAAAAAUUAUAGGUAUAAUUCCCGGUUUCAUAAAUUGGGCUAAAGAAGAUUCUGAAGUAACAGAUUACAAAUGUAUAACAUGAGGUUGCUGAAGGCUUCCUUUAAAAUAUUUGUCACAAAUUGUAUGAUAUAAAGUUGAUCAAUUUGUUAUUCUUUCAGUGCAUUGAAUGCAUUAGCAAAGACAAGAAUGUUCAUUAAAUAAGAACUGGUUGAUAAAAGCAAUUAUAUUUUACCACUGUGAUGCAGCUGUUGGUUACAGUCAUC